AUGAUUUUGACGGCAACAGGCGGCCCCAUCCCCGCAACAAUCUGGAGUGUCGUCGAAGCCCACACCGGCAUCAUCUGCACCUGCCUCCCAGUCUUCCGAUACCCACUUCAAUUCCUCUUCCCAAAACUCUUCCACUCGCAGCAGAACAGCACCCCGUAUGGCUAUAGCUUCAAUCGAAACACGCCGCGCCGCACCCCGCUCGCCACCAGUUCAGAACGCAAUCUCAACGAUACCAACGAUGACGCAUGGCACGGCAAGGCGAGAGGUUUUUCAGAGGAUCUGCCAAAAGACGCGCUGGAGAUGAUGCCUACCAGAAAUGGAAAUCUGUCCCCGGCGGGGAAUAUCACGAAGGUUACGGAUGUGCAGAUCUCGUAUGACCAGAGGUCUGAUGCCUCGUCGUGCCCGAUUCGGUCGAGGGAGUUUUGA